GCUGCAGACAGAAUGUUCCGGAGUGGACAUGGGGCUAAAAUUUCCACAGCGACCUUGUGGCCACGGUUCCACUUGGCUCAGGCUCCAUGGUUGUGAAGUCACAGGUGCUUGAGCAGUUUGCUUCACCAAGGAGUGAGUAUGUAGUGUCCUGCAAGAUCAUUGAAAUUAGCCAUGAGAAAUGAGCCAUGAGCUUCCUGUCACCCUCCCGUGUCCCAGCGCUAGAGGCAUGGAAAGGUGGAAUUCAAACCGUUUCUUUCAAAUCAGACCGUGCCGUCCAAGUGCCGGAGACAAAUCACGUGAUCACUGGGGAAGCUCCAGGAAAAACUUAACCUUCUCGCUCAAAACAAGAUAACCACCCUGCCAAAAGGGGAUUUGAGCCGCAUCCAGAAACUCGUCGCUAGAUGGCAAUAUAACACUGAUCAGACUGGAGUGAAAGCUGCGACCCAACUACAGAAGAAGACGCAUGGGCACAACCUCGAUACGGAUUGGCGGUUUCUGAUGUUGAACUUAUUGACUAUUUAGGGGCUGUUGCUCUAGGUAGCGGAGUCGGAGGUCGCGCAGGUCCUUCGUGUAUCUGGAUCAUGUCUCUAGGGCUCCAGUUGCUGUCCGGUUCCCUCCACUGGACAGCACAGCACUGAAUAAGUCCCUGUCGCUAAGCCACGCCCUCACUGUGACUCAGGAAGCUCUGCCAUGGCUCCUAAAGGUGGCUCCAAGCAUCUGUCCGAGGAGGACCUGAUCCUUCAGGACUUCAGCCGCAACCUAUCAGCCAAGUCGUCGGUGCUCUCCUUUGGCAACGCCUUCAUCGUGUCUACCAUCCCCAUCUGGUUGUAUUGGCGAAUAUGGCAUAUGGAUCUUAUCCAGUCUGCUGUUCUCUACAGUGUGAUGACAUUAGUAAGCACUUACCUAGUAGCCUUUGCAUACAAGAAUGUGAAAUUUGUCCUCAAGCACAAAGUAGCACAGAAGAGGGACGACGCUGUUUCCAAAGAAGUGACUCAGAAACUUUCUGAAGCUGAUAACAGAAAGAUGUCUCGGAAGGAGAAAGAUGAAAGAAUCUUGUGGAAGAAGAAUGAAGUUGCCGAUUAUGAAGCCACAACAUUUUCCAUCUUCUAUAACAACACUCUGUUCUUGGUUCUGGUCAUUGUUGCUUCCUUCUUUAUACUGAAGAACUUCGACCCCACAGUGAACUACAUUUUGUCCAUAAGUGUUUCAUCUGGACUCAUCGCCCUCCUCUCUACUGGCUCCAAGUAGACCCUGUAGCUUGACCCCCUGCCUCUGUAUCUUUGGGUGGUCUGUGAAGAUAAAGCACACACUGGCUUUCGCCAUGGGUGGCCAGGGAGGUCAGCUUGACCCUGAUUUAUGGGUUUGAUGUGUGAAGUCACUGGAAUCAUUGUUUUCUGUGAGCAGGCUCUCAGCACCACAGGCAGAAUCGAGAGAAAGCACUUCUUUCCUGAUUAUUGGCACAUGAGAGACCAAAAGACUUUUGUGAACUUAGCCCUGAAAUGCAGUGACCUCUCCAAGGAAUUUAUAGUGGUUUAAAAGGAUUGUUAACAUUUUCCUAUGAGGACUUUAAUAAAUUUGUCCCCUUU